CAAAACCUCAAGACUUAGAGAGUGAUUUCUCAGAGAAGCGGCAGAAGACACAAGUCUUCUGAGGAGAGAGCUGAUGGAAGAGAAUGAGGAGAGUGAAGAACUGAGUGGAGUGAAGGAGAAACAUCAUGACAAACCUGGAGAAAAACCUUUGAGUCACUCGAAGAGUGACAAUGCAUUUUCAAAGAAAAGAAGAGCCAAGAAAUCUUUCACCUGCACUCAGUGUGGAAAGAGUUUCACAAGCAAAUCAAAUCUUGAGCUUCACAUGAGAGUUCAUAGUGGAGAGAAACCGUUCACAUGCGAUCAGUGUGGAAAGAGUUUCACACAGUCAAGAAACCUUAAAAAACACAUGAAAAUCCACACCGGAGAGAAGCCAUUCACCUGCAAAAAGUGUGGGAAGAGUUUCACGGAUUCAUCACAGCUUAAGAGACACAUGAGAAUCCACACUGGAGAGAAGCCAUUCACCUGCGAAAAGUGCAGGAAGAGUUUCACACAAAAAAUACAUCUUAGACUACACAUGAGGAUCCACACUGGAGAAAAGCCGUUCAUGUGUGAUCAGUGUGGAAAGAGUUUCAUGGACUCUUCAAAACAUAAAAUACACAUGAGAAUCCACACUGGAGAGAAGCCUUACACAUGUGAUCAAUGUGGGAAGAGUUUCACACAAUCAGUACACUUAAAAACACACAUGAGGAUCCACACCGGAGAGAAGCCGUUAAUGUGUGAGCAGUGUGGAAAGAGAUUCUCAAUUAAAAAUAAACUUCAACUUCACAUGAGGAUCCACACUAGAGAGAAGCCUUACACAUGUGAUCAAUGUGGGAAGAGUUUUACACAAUCAGUAAACUUUAAAACACACAUGAGGAUCCACACCGGAGAGAAGCCGUUAAUGUGUGAGCAGUGUGGAAAGAGAUUCUCAAUUAAAAAUAAACUUCAACUUCACAUGAGAGUUCAUACUGGAGAGAAGCCAUAUGCAUGUGAUCAGUGUGGGAAGAGCUUCACAAACAGAUCAAGUCUUGAGCUUCACAUGAGGAUCCACACCGGACAGAAGCCGUUCAUGUGUGAUCAGUGUGGAAAGAGUUUCAUGGACUCUUCAAAACAUAAAAAACACAUGAGAAUUCACACUGGAGAGAAGCCUUACACAUGUGAUCAAUGUGGGAAGAGUUUCACACAAUCAGUACACUUAAAAACACACAUGAGGAUCCACACCGGAGAGAAAGAGUACAUGUGCUUUGAGUGUGACAAGACUUUUAUUUCAGCGAGCCAUUUAAAACGGCACCAGAUUAUUCACACUGGAGAAAAACCUUACAAGUGUACACACUGUGACGAGAGAUUUAAACGGUCAGCAAUUCUGAAAAGACAUGAGAAGAUCCACACUGGAGAGGAAUCGCACACAUGAGAUCAG